AGAACCCUCUUCCCAAUCAUCUCAUUUAAAUGAAAACUGGAGCAGCAAAUUGGGCGCCACUGAUAAUGACUCAGAAAUUCUUGUUACCGAUCUACACCAUUUGAAGUUGGGGAAGACGAUAAAAAAUAUUAAGAAAGUUAUGUCACCUUCUCAGUACAAGCCAGAGAACUGGGUAUUUUCCGAACAAAGACAAACAACUAUGAACCAGUUGAAUAUUGCUAUUGUUGGACAUGUUGAUUCUGGAAAAUCUACCUUGUGUGGGAGGUUGCUCCAUCUUUUGGGAAAAAUUUCAAAGAAAGAAAUGCAUAAAUAUCAGAAAGAGGCUAAAGAAAAGGGGAAGGGAUCAUUUGCCUUUGCCUGGGCAAUGGAUGAAACUUCUGAAGAGAGAGAAAGGGGUAUAACAAUGACCGUAGCAAUUGCCUACUUCGAGUCAAAGAAAUACCGUGUGGUUUUACUCGAUUCUCCCGGGCAUAAAGAUUUUAUUUCAAAUGUGAUAUCUGGUGCUUCUCAGGCAGACGUUGCCAUCCUCGUUGUUGAUGCGUCUACCGGUUCUUUUGAAGCUGGGAUGGGUGUCUAUGAUGUUGGACAGACAAAGGAGCAUGCACAACUAAUAAGGAGCUUUGGUGUUGAGCAAAUUAUUGUUGCUGUCAAUAAGAUGGAUGCUGUUGGAUACUCACAGGAAAGAUUUGAUUACAUAAAAUUCCAACUAGCUUCUUUUCUGAGAUCCUGUGGAUUCAAGGAAACACUCAUCACUUGGAUUCCUUUGAGUGCUAUGGAUAAUCAAAAUUUGGUUAGCUUGGCUUCUAACGGUCAGAUGUCUUGGUAUCAGGGUCUCUGUUUGUUGGAUGCUAUAGACUCUUUGCACCCUCCAGAAAGGGACGUCUUGAAGCCAAUUCUUCUGCCUGUGUGUGAUGUUGUUUCUUCUCAUUCAUUAGGCCAAGUAGCUGCAUUCGGUAAACUGGCAGCUGGAGCUAUUCGACAAGGUUCCAAGGUUUUAGUAAUGCCACCCGGGGAUUUGGCUACCGUUCGAUCCAUAGAGCGAGAUUCUCAAGCUUGUGUUUCAGCUAGAGCGGGUGAUCACGUGGCUGUAAGUUUGCAGGGUAUUGAUAUUGCUAAUAUCUUGCCUGGCGCGGUGCUGUGCCACCCAGAUUUCCCUAUCACUGUUGCAUCCAUUUUGGAGCUUAGGAUCCUCGUACUUGAUGUCAAAAUGCCAAUAUUAAUUGGAUCUCAUGUUGAAUUUCACGUACACCAUGCUAAGGAGGCUGCUCAAGUGACAAAAAUAGCGUCCCUUAUGGAUCAAAAGAAAGGGAAGACCUCUCAAAGAGCACCUCGUCUUCUAACUGCCAGACAAAGUGCUACUAUAGAGGUCUCUUUAGAUAGGCCGGUCUGUGUGGAAGAAUUUUCUAGCUGUCGGAUGCUCGGAAGGGCAUGCCUGCGGGCUUCUGGAAUCACCAUAGCUGUUGGCAUCGUGACUCGAAUAAUCGCCGAGGACGAACAAUAGUUUUCUAUAAUGAAUUUUUGCUGCCGUUCAUCUGCUUAUUAUCUUAAAAGACUACCAAGAACUUAAAAUUUUAUAUUUGUUAGUCAAGAGAAGUAAUCAUCUUCUUUUGUUGUUUUUUCUACAAUCUGUGGCACCUCAUUUAUGUCACAGAAAUCUAUCAACUAACACAAAUCAUGAUGAUGAUGUCAUGUUAAAUGUAACAUAUUUGUAUAGACUUGGCAGAGUUUUCAGAUAUACAUAAAAAAUAUAGAGAAUAAAUCCAUAUAAUA